GAGAGAUCUUAAUAGUGCAGGCACCAAGCACUGGGCUCCACUCUUCCUCCCAGCAGUGGUCCAGUGUCUGACCACCCCUCAGCAGUCCACAGGAGGCCUUUCCCUGGAACACCGUCACCAUGCCUAAAGUCCAGGUGCCAGGUCAUCAGCAGACCGAUGACAAGAUGAGGGCCUUCGCCGAGAAGGUCUUCGCAUCGGAGACCAAAGACGAGCAGGUGCGAGAUGAAAUCUCCCUGUUUGACGUGGCUGAAGACUGUCCCAUCCUUCACCAGGAGAUGGCCCACCACCUGCACGCUGACGAUAACGUGGAGAAACGCAAAAGGCAUCACCACAGCCGCACCGUGGUCUUCCCUGGUGCUCCCCAAGCAGCUGCAGGCUCUGUGGUGGAGGUGGAGGUGGACACGCCCACCUACCUGGAGGUUCCUGACUUCCAGAGAGUGGCUGUUAUCGGAGACUAUGCUGCUGGGGUGACCAUGGAUGACUUUGAGCUGUCAUGUAAGGGUCUGUACCGUGCCCUAACCAUCAGGGAGAAGUACAUGAAGCUUGCCUACCAGCGCUUUCCGAGAACAGCCUCCCAGUUCCUGCGUCAAAUGGAGGGAGAAACAUUCAAAGUUGAAGAUGAGGUGAUGCCAGUCUUUAAUCCUCCUCCGAAGGAUGGCGAGGACCCUUUUGACACCUCAAACCUGCCAAAGAACCUUGGCUAUGUGGCCCGCAUGAAGGACGGUCUUAUGUAUGUGUACAAUGAUGCUGCAGCGGCAGACAAGCACCAACCCAAAGACCUGCCUCAUCCAGACUACAACACCUUCAUCGAUGACAUGAACUUCCUUAUCGCUCUAAUUGCACAAGGCCCAACGAAGACCUACACUCACAGGCGUCUGAAGUUCCUCAUGUCCAAGUUCAACGUGCAUGAGAUGCUGAAUGAAAUGGAGGAGAUGAAGGAGCUGAAGCUAAACCCCCACAGGGAUUUCUACAACUGCAGGAAGGUGGACACCCACAUCCACGCCGCUGCCUGCAUGAACCAGAAGCAUCUGCUGCGCUUCAUCAAAAUGUCUUACCGCGUGGAUGCCGACCGAGUCGUUCACAAACUUAAAGGGAAGGAGGUCACCCUGAGGGAGCUGUUCGAGUCCCUACACCUGCAUCCCUACGACCUCACCGUGGACUCUUUGGAUGUGCACGCUGGGAGGCAAACAUUCCAGCGCUUCGAUAAGUUCAACGCUAAGUACAACCCUGUAGGAGCCAGCGAGCUGCGGGAUCUGUACAUGAAGACGGAAAAUCACAUCGGUGGAGAAUACUUUGCCACUAUCAUCAAGGAAGUGGCCAGUGACUUGGAGGAUGCCAAGUACCAGUAUGCGGAGCCUCGCCUGUCUAUCUAUGGCUGUAAUCCCACCGAGUGGGUCAAACUCUCCAGCUGGUUUGUUAAGCACAGAGUCUUCUCUCCGAACCUUAAAUGGAUGAUUCAAAUUCCCAGAAUCUAUGACAUCUUCAGAGGCAGGGACUUUGUACCACACUUUGGCAAGAUGUUGGAGAACAUUUUCCUUCCCGUGUUUCAGGCCACCAUUGACCCACAGUCCAACCCAGAGCUCAGCAUCUUCCUUAAACAUGUGACGGGAUUUGACAGCGUGGACGAUGAGUCCAAACACAGCGGCCACAUGUUUUCUACAAAAAGCCCAAAACCAGAAGAGUGGGACAUCGCCAAGAACCCCUCCUACACUUAUUAUAUCUAUUACAUGUACGCCAACAUCGCUGUUCUUAACCAGCUGCGUAGACAGAGAGGAUUGAACACAUUCACAUUCAGGCCUCACUGCGGUGAGGCCGGUGCCAUCACCCACUUACUGGCGGCCUUUAUGACUGCUGACAACAUCUCUCAUGGUCUUAACCUCAAGAAGAGUCCUGUUCUUCAGUACCUGUACUUCUUGGCCCAGAUCCCAAUCGCAAUGUCCCCUCUCAGCAACAACAGCCUGUUCCUGGAAUAUGCUAAGAACCCACUGCCGGAGUUUCACAAGAAGGGUCUAAUGGUGUCUCUGUCCACUGACGACCCCAUGCAGUUCCACUACACCAAGGAGCCCCUAAUGGAAGAGUAUGCCAUUGCAGCUCAGGUCUUCAAGCUAAGCACUUGCGACAUGUGUGAGAUCGCCAGGAACAGUGUGGUGCAGAGUGGCUUGUCUCAUGAGGAAAAGGUUCACUUCUUGGGUUCAGAAUACCUGAAAGAAGGUCCAGAGGGCAACGACAUCCGUAAGACCAACGUGGCUCAAAUCCGAAUGGCAUACCGCUUUGAGACACUGUGCUACGAGCUCAAUCUCAUCAAGGAGGGCUUGAAGGCGGAGUGAGCACUUUGAAAGCACCCAACUCAUCUGUAACGGGGUGUAGAAAGGCUUAGGCAUAUGUUUUUUUUUACAGAAUGACUUGGACAAGCGAAUCUUAAAGAAACGAGCACUUCUGGUACUGUUGGGUCAUUCUGAGAGAAAUUGUGUUGUUAAUUGGUUUACACUGUUUGCCAGAAGGAGAGACAUCAUUUGUUAGAAUGAAUGGAAAUAAACGUGAAAAAACAA